CUCGCGUGUCACACGACGCAACCAUGGGUCGCAGAAAAGUCAAACGCAAGUCCCAAUCCGUGGCGAAGACCAACGCGUACUUCUCGCGCUUCCAAGUCAAGUUCGCGCGUCGCCGCGCUGGCAAGACGGAUUACUACGCUCGUCAGCGCUUGAUCACGCAGGACAAGAACAAGUACAACUCGCCGAAGUACCGAUUCGUCGUGCGCUUUACGAACCGCGAUGUGAUUUGCCAAGUUGUCUACGCCACGCUCGCGGGUGACGUGUGCAUCGCGUCCGCGUACUCGCACGAGUUGCCGAAGUACGGGAUGAAGGCGGGUUUGACGAACUACGCCGCGACGUACGCGACCGGGUUGCUGUGCGCGCGACGACUGUUGACGAAGUACGGCUUGGCGGAUGCGUACGAGGGUAAGACGGAGGACCUCGGGGAGGAUUACCACGUUGAACAAGGUGAUGAGGAAGCGCGCCCGUUCAAGUGCUUCUUGGACACCGGUUUGGUGCGAACGUCGACCGGCGCGCGAGUGUUCGCUGCGCUCAAGGGUGCGGUGGACGGCGGGUUGGACAUUCCGCACAACGAAAAGCGAUUCGCUGGGUACGAUCUCCAAGACAAGUCCCACGAUCCGGACACUCUCGAGCGAUACAUCAAGGGUGGUGUUGUCGCCGAGUACGCGGAAGAGCUGCAAGAGGAGGAACCGGAAAAGUUCGAACAGCAGUUUGCCAAGUACUUGGCCGCGGACUUCGACCCGACUGAGCUCGAAGACGCCAUGGAGGACGUCCUCGAUGCCAUUCGCGAAGACCCCGUCCACGAGAAGAAGGAACGCGUGAAGCCGGCGGACGCUGGGCGUCUGUUCAAGCUUCCGAAGCUCACGUACGAAGAGAAGAAGGCCAACCUCAAGGCCAAGCUCGAAGCUCUUCGUGCGGCCGCGUAA